CUUUCCCGCGACCGUCCAUUUUAAUUCCCUUUCCUCUCCAAAAAAAAAAUGAUCUUGCAAAUUUAAUCAGGUUUAUUAAAUCUAAAUUCUAGUUCUAUAACCUAAGUUAAUAAUUCCACCUCUUUUCAAUAGAAAAAAAAAACUGUGACCUUUUUCUCUAUCUUUUUCCCCAAUCAAAAGAAUACAACCCUAACUGCCCUUGAAAAAAAGUCGUCUUCGAUUUUAUAUAUGCGUGACUAAGCCAUGAGUACUAAUUUUGGAGGCAAGAAAAUUGAAUUGAAUGGGAGGGACGACCUUAAUAGGCCUUUGCUGGAGCCCCGGGAUAGUGUUACCAUAACUAUUCCUGAACCUGUUGAUAAGUUGGAUAGGAAGAGAACAGUGAUGCUCAGAAUAGGGAAUAUCAAGUGUGCAUCUUGUGUGACUUCCAUUGAAUCCGUGCUUGGAGAGCUCAGGGGUGUUGAGAGUGUCUCGGUGUCACCAAUUCAAGGUCAAGCCGCAAUUGAAUAUGUCCCAAAGCUCAUAAAUACAAAAAAGAUUAAAGAGACAAUAGAGGAUGCUGGUUUCCCUGUUACUGAGUUUCCAGAGCAAGAAAUAGCAGUCUGUAGGCUCAGGAUUAAGGGAAUGGCAUGUACAAGCUGUUCUGAGUCCCUUGAACGUGCUUUACAAUUGUUGGAUGGAGUUAAAAAAGCAGUGGUUGGUCUAGCUCUUGAAGAAGCUAAGGUUCACUUUGAUCCAAAUGUUACCGAUCCAGAUCGCAUCAUUGAAGCAAUAGAAGAUACUGGCUUUGGAGCUGAUCUCAUUAAUUCUGGAAAUGAAGCGAACAAAGUACAUCUAAAACUUGAUGGAGUGUCCUCAAUGGAGGAGAUGAGCACUAUUCAAUCCUACCUUGAGUCAGCCAUAGGUGUUAAUCACAUUGAAAUAGACUUGGAAGAAAAAAAGGUCGCUGUCAGCUAUGAUCCAGACCGAACUGGUCCAAGAUAUCUUCUAGAAGGCAUACAUAAAGUUGGUCAUGGCUCAUACAAGGCAAGCUUGUAUAUACCCCCCAGACAAAGAGAAGCUGAGCAACAGCAUGAAAUUAGUAUGUAUAGGGAUCAGUUCCUUUCAAGCUGCCUGUUCUCUGUUCCGGUAUUUAUAUUCUCCAUGGUACUACCAAUGCUUCCUCCUUUUGGAAAUUGGUUAGAAUACAAGAUCUACAACAUGUUUACUGUUGGGUUGCUUCUGAGAUGGAUUCUUUGCACACCAGUGCAGUUCAUUGUUGGCCGAAGGUUUUAUACAGGAUCAUACCAUGCAUUGAGACGAAAAUCUGCUAAUAUGGAUGUUUUAGUUGCCAUGGGCACCAAUGCUGCAUAUUUUUACUCUGUUUACAUAGCAAUUAAAGCUCUGAUGUCAGAUACAUUUGAAGGGCAAGAUUUUUUUGAGACAAGUGCAAUGUUGAUAUCCUUUAUUCUCUUGGGAAAAUAUUUAGAGGUGGUGGCUAAAGGGAAAACGUCAGAUGCUUUAGCCAAGCUGAUGGACCUUGCUCCUGAUACUGCUCGUUUGCUAACAUUAGAUGAUGAUGGAAAUGUUGUCUUAGAGGUGGAAAUCAGCACCCAACUAAUACAAAGGAAUGAUAUAAUCAAGAUCAUUCCCGGGGAGAAAGUUCCUGUUGAUGGCAUUGUCACUGAUGGUCAAAGCUAUGUGAAUGAGAGUAUGAUCACAGGGGAGGCACGGCCUCUUGCUAAAAAGCCUGGUGACAAGGUUAUUGGUGGAACUAUGAAUGAGAAUGGAUGUUUACAGAUCAAGGCCACUCAUGUUGGGUCAGAAACUGCCCUUUCUCAAAUUGUUCAGCUUGUUGAAGCUGCUCAGCUUGCCAGAGCACCUGUUCAGAAAAUUGCAGACCAGAUAUCUAGGUUUUUUGUUCCUGCAGUUGUUCUCUGUGCUCUCAUAACUUAUUUGGGAUGGUUGAUUCCUGGAGUUAUUGAUUUUUAUCCUAAACAUUGGAUUCCGAAAGGCAUGGAUAAAUUUGAACUUGCACUGCAGUUUGGUAUUUCAGUGCUUGUGGUUGCUUGCCCAUGUGCUCUAGGGCUAGCAACCCCUACAGCAGUCAUGGUUGCCACAGGGAAGGGUGCUUCACUUGGUGUGCUUAUUAAGGGUGGAAAUGCACUUGAGAAGGCACACAAGGUAACAGCAAUUGUGUUUGAUAAGACGGGGACAUUGACAGUUGGGAAACCAGAGGUUGUAAGUGUCAUGCUCUUUUCAAGUAUGUCGAUGGAAGACUUCUGCGAUAUGGCUAUUGCUGCAGAGGCAAACAGCGAGCACCCAAUAGCCAAAGCUUUCCUGGAGCAUGCUAGAAUGUUGCAUCAGAAGAUAGAAUCUAACAAUCAACCCAACAAUCAACAUCUCAAAGAGGCUAGGGACUUUGAGGUGCACCCUGGCACUGGGGUGAGUGGAAAAGUUGGUGACAAAAUGGUCUUGGUUGGAAACAAGAGGCUUAUGCAAACUUAUAAUGUCAUAGUUGAUCCUGAGAUUGAGGACUACAUUUCAGAAAACGAGCAACUGGCUCGAACUUGUGUCUUAGUUGCCAUUGAUGGAAAGGUUGCUGGAGCUUUUGCAGUAACUGAUCCAGUGAAGCCAGAAGCUGAGCAAGUUAUAUUAUAUCUUCGCUCAAUGGGCAUUUCAAGCAUCAUGGUAACUGGUGAUAACUGGGCCACUGCAACUGCCAUUGCAAAGGAGGUUGGCAUAGAGAAGGUGAUUGCUGAGACAGAUCCAGUGGGAAAAGCUGAUAGGAUCAAAGAAUUGCAGAUGAAUGGCUUGACUGUUGCUAUGGUGGGAGAUGGAAUAAAUGACUCACCUGCUUUAGUCGCAGCUGAUGUAGGCAUGGCAAUUGGUGCUGGUACUGAUGUAGCUAUAGAAGCAGCCGACAUAGUACUCAUCAAAAGCAACUUGCAAGAUGUAGUUACAGCAAUAGACCUGUCCAGAAAGACCAUUUCCCGCGUUUGGCUUAACUAUGUGUGGGCCCUUGGUUAUAACAUUCUUGGCGUCCCAGUUGCUGCUGGAAUCUUAUAUCCCUUUACUGGAAUUCGGUUACCACCUUGGCUAGCUGGUGCAUGCAUGGCGGCCUCCUCUCUUAGUGUAGUUUGUUCUUCUCUCUUGUUGCAGUUUUAUAGGAAGCCUUUAGUAGUCCAAGAUACAGAAGGACAAAUUCACUACUCCAUAUCCACCUGAUGGGGUACAUUUUGGUAAUUCAUAUCUAACUGCAUAAUAUCUGCUGUUCCCACCGCUGCAGUUAUUAACCAUGCAAAUGAAGAAGGUCCUUAGAUUAUUCCACCAGAUCCUAGCUUCUGAAUAGGUUGAUGUUAUUGCUAAAGAUUUCAUGCAAUUAUCGCUUCAUUGGAAAGGCUAAUUUACCAUUUACUCAAGAGAGAUGGACUACCAUAUAGUUAUAUUUCUUGUAUAACUAAAAGUGUAAAGUUUGUCAUUUGGGAUAAUGGAUCAUUUCCAAUGAGAAGAUUAGCUUAGCUUAAAGAUCAUGGAUGUAAAUCUC